AUGAAGGGUAAAAGGGAGAUUUGGUUGUGUAUAUAAUGUGAGCAUGCUGAAUUAGCAGUACCUCUUUUGGACAUUUUCUAAAUUAUUCAUUCUUCUCGCAAGCACGCGCACUUCCUCACUCUCUCUCUUUCCAUUCCAUCUAAAAACUUGUGGAGGGCAUAACAUAAGUGAUUCUGGACAUCUCAACGAACACAAGAACAAAUCAGCAUGCGUUGGUUGGGUCUUUUAGUUGAUGUAUUCCGCCAAGUUGUACGCUUGAAUUUAUACUGUAAAGUUAUUCUCUAGAUCAUCAUUCUCGUGGUGUGUCCAUCGCGUUUAGAUUAACCGAGUAGUUUGGUAAGAAUCAAAAGUUAUGGUAGGCCGAGCAGCAAGCCAAAAAGGAUUUCGGGCAUUAAAACAUUGUAAUGGCAUUGAAGGUGAACCAACAAUAAUUGUUAGAGUGAUAGCAUGCUUUCAACCUUUGCAAGAUUGUCAGGCUGAGUACUUCCGUCAAUUGCUUAAGCCUAUCACUUAACUGUUCUGCAUUCAUUUUUUCUUAAAGCUGGAAUUUGUAGUUUUCUUUUUCUGUCAUUUGUUACGAAGAGAAGAAGCAAGUUAUUGAAGAUCCCAUAUCAAAGAACCAAAGCGUUGAGCGAUUGAUAUAUUGUUCUUUAGGAUCUUUUUUUCUUUCUGGUUGGAUGGUUAAGGCCCACGAGUCUUGGCCUUGCCCACAGCCUGUGGCCUGGCCGUCACUUUAUUCCAAUGGCGCCCGCAUGUCGGAUCCCAGUUUGUGUGGUUAUUCGGCAUAUCCUACUCCUAGUACAUGCACUUUUCCCGAUGUCGGUGCAUUUCCAGGAUUCACAGCUCCUGCUACCCCAAGCCUGCUGACUGAUCAGACCAAUGAAGAGCAAGGGUUCCUUCAGGAUCCCAAAACAGAACCAUGUUUGAAAGCAAAUAACAUGGCUAUGCAAAAUGCGAAUCCUGCAUUUUUGCAGAAGAAAUUUAUUAUCUUUGACCGGUCUGAUAAGAAGACAAGGUUGUUUUAUAGCCCUGUCUUCCCACUUGUUCAGAGUCCAAUUGUUACUACCACACAAUUCACUCAAGCUUAUGAUGUAAAUCAGGAAAGACAUGCAACUAAUUUCGGUCAAAAACAUUUACCGAAAUACAGUUUGCCUGAAGAGUCAGAGCAGGAUCAUGUUGUUAACGAAGAAAGUGAAAUGCAUGAAGACACAGAAGAAAUCAAUGCAUUGCUGUGUUCUGAUGAUUAUGACUCUGAUGACGAUGAUGAGGUAACAAGUACAGGCCAUUCUCCAUUGGCUGAUGAAAGGACUUAUUUGAUACAAGAACAAAUCGAGGACACAGAGGAGGAUACUGCUAGCUCUGAUUGGCCAAACAAAAGGCACAAGUUGAUUGAUGGUGGGUACACAAAAUUAUCACCACUCGUAGACAGUGCUAGUUCAGUAAGACUAAAUGAACCGUGUGAAUGUGUCAGGGAUGCCGAAUCAAAGCAUUCUGAUGGCCAAAUGUAUUUUGCCAGACAAACUGAAGAUAAUUCAGCAGCAGUUGGUGAUAUUCAAUUGAAAAAGGAUAAAAUCCGUGAAACAUUGAGAAUUCUCGAGAAGUUAACUCCUGGAGCAAAAGGAAAGCAUCCACUGCUAGUCAUCGAUGAAACUAUUGAUUACUUAAAAUCUUUGAUGUCCCAAACCGGCAUGCUUGGGGUGAAAUAUCACUAAAUAAUAUGCCAUCGAAAAGGUGGUAUUGGUUGUGUUGUGUUGUUAACUUUGUUGCAUGGUAAGUCUGAACUUAGGAUGCUUUCUUCUGUUAUCCUCAUUCUCAAGGUAUAUUUAUGUUUUAGAAAUAAAGUGGUAAAAUAUAUCAGUACUGCAAGUACUGUACUUUGGCACUGUAGUAAAAUGCAAAUGAAGAAAAAUUGGAUUUGGGAUUUCAAAUUGUUGACCAAAACUUUAUAUCUUUUAGCUUUGGGAUAUUAAAGGGCAAAGAUUGAAUAGACAGAAGAGUGGUUAGUGGAUGGGUGUGCUGUAAAUGAUGACACUUACUUUAAUUUCCCUAAACAAAUGUUGAAAUUUGUUUGUGAUUAUAUGCAUGCGCGUUAGGUAACCUGGGGUCCCACUUUCCACCCUCCUUUUCAUUCUGGAUUGUAUGCUUUUGUCCUCUCUUCAAUCAAAGUUUGCACGCAAAUCACAUAUUGGAGUAGACUCUAAAGUGGCACAAGAAAGUUUCUGAUGUUGGCUAGUGCUUGAGGUUGAAUGUGGAGCGUGGUGUUUGAUUUCAUCAUGAGUUGAUGGGACCCUUUUGUUGAAUAUGACAUUUAUUUAUAGUUUAAGGUUACUUUGUUUUACGUGUUGUGGGUGGAAUCAUAGGCAAUUCCAUUUUCUACGUUGUCAUUGAGAGGUGUGUUUGUCUGUUGAGUAAUCUAUUUCAGGUUUCAUUUUCAUGAUGUUAUUAUGUAUGUUUUUUGUUGGAUGAGUGAUCUGAUUGUGUGAAUAAUUGGAGUGUCCAUGUUGGGAUGGUGGUCUAUUCUAGCUUUCAUUGUGUGAUUGUGUACUAUUUUGACGACUCAAGUUUACAUUUUGGCUUAAAUAUAUUUUUCGUCUUUUA